UUUACCUGUAGAAUAUGCUGCCGAAGUUUCGUGAUUGCAAUUCGAACCACCCAAUAUAAAUUUAAUCUACUCAAUAAUUUUAUUCUUAUCGAAUGAGCUUGGCAUUUAAUUUAAUAUAUUCUCAACCCGAGUUCUCAACUAUCAGUUUUUAAAAAUAUGUAUUAUUUGAAACUUAAACUAAAUAAUUAAAUUUUUUAAAUGAAAUAUUCCGUGUGAAGAAGACAAAUUAGAAGUUUAAUCGUGGAGCAGGCUUAGAAAACAAAUGAAUAUCUAAACGUCAUUCCAACUUGAUGAAUUUUUAUUAUGCAACUUUUACAUCGAACACUAAUGACUUAAUUGGCAACAAUAUAAGAAAAUUUAGUGAAAAAUUUUAUAGAAAGCGAAAUGACAACUAAUUUUCGAUCGAUUGAGGAUAUUCCCCCACCGUAUCGUUGCAUUUUCCAACAAUAUCCGUGUUUUAAUGCUGUCCAGACUCAGGUGUUCGACGAUGCUCUUAAUACAGAUAAAUCUUUAGUGGUAGCUGCUCCAACUGGUUCAGGAAAAACGGUUAUUUUUGAGCUAGCUAUAGUUCGGUUGCUCAUGUUAAACUCAACGGAAAAUAUAAAGGCAAUUUACAUAUCUCCAAUAAAAGCUUUAUGCCAAGAAAAACUAAACGAUUGGCAUAAGAAAUUCUCCGAAUUUGAUAUUCGAUGCAUGUCUCUGACUAGUGACACUGAUGAAUUUGAUCCAAGAUGUUUGUUGAAUUAUCAAAUAAUUUUGGCCACCCCAGAAAAAUGGGACGUCAUUACGAGACGAUGGAGAGACCAUCUAAAUUUUGUCAGGGCUAUCAAUUUGUUCAUGAUUGAUGAAGUGCAUCUACUAAAUGCUGAUAACAGAGGAUCUACUUUGGAAGUCAUAGUCAGUCGAAUGAAAACUAUUGAUACUUUUGUUUUAAAUCAAGGAAAUGCAAAAAUUCGUUUUGUAGCAGUAUCGGCUACAAUUCCUAAUGUAGAAGAUAUUGGAGAAUGGAUAGGACCUUCUGGAUCAGCUAUACAUUAUAAAUUUUCUGAAGACGUGAGACCUGUUAAGUUGAACAAAAUUGUUUAUGGAUUUACAUUCCAUCCCAAAGACCAGUCCGUUUUCAAAUUCGAUUGGUCUUUGAAUUACAAGCUUCAAAAUUUAAUAUCAAAAUACUCCGAAGGACAACCGACUUUGAUUUUCUGCAGUACCAGGAAAAGUGUUGAAAUGACGGCCAAACACCUGGUCGAUAAUUUACAGAUUCGGUUGAAGCAAGAACAAAAAGCUAUGUUGAAUGAGAUUUCUUCGCGUUUAACUGACGUGAAAUUGCAACAAUAUGUUAUGAAUGGUAUUGCGUUUCAUCAUGCGGGUUUGGUGCGUGAGAAUCGGUACUCUAUUGAAGAGGCUUUCAGACAAGGACACAUUCCUAUUUUGGUUACUACAAGCACCCUGGCUAUGGGUGUAAAUUUACCCGCCCAUUUAGUAAUAAUAAAAUCCACGAAAUGCUACGAUUACAGCGGCGGUUAUAAAGACUACGACGAAGUGUCCAUCUUUCAGAUGAUUGGCAGAGCCGGGCGAUCUCAGUUUGACACUUGUGCCACUGCUUUGAUUUUAACUACCGCCCAAGACAAGGCAAAGUAUGAAAAUAUGGUGGCAUGUACUCAGCCAAUAGAAUCCAACCUUCAUAAACAUCUCACUGAACACUUGAAUGCUGAAAUUGUCUUAAAUACUAUAACUGACUUGGAAGUGGCUAUGAGAUGGUUGUCGUCCACAUUUUUGUAUGUCCGAGCCAAAAAAUGUCCUGAGAAAUACAAGCUACCUGUUGGACUGACCCAAGAGAAAAUUGACAAAAAACUACUGGAAAUAUGCCAAAUUGACUUAAAUAAGCUAGUUGGCGCUGGAAUGGUUAACAUAAACCAAUGUAUCGAAAUAUCGCCCACAGUAAUUGGAGAAAUUAUGGCUAAAUACUACGUGGCAUUCAACACCAUGAAAUUAUUUACAAAAAUUACAGGAACUGAAAUUAUGAUACAGUUAUUAGGAAUAUUUUCAAAAUGUAGCGAAUUUUCCGAUAUACGAUUGAGGACUAAUGAUAAAAAAUGUCUCAAUUUACUUAAUAAACACUCUACCAAAGAAACCAUUAGAUUUCCUCUAAGUGGUAAAGUCACAUCUAGCGAUAUGAAAGUUAAUUGUAUCAUUCAGGCCAUGUUAGGAAAUCUAGAGAUACAUGAUCAGUCAAUUCUGAACGAUUCAUCCAGAAUUAUGCGAUGCUGUGAACGUUUAUCAAAAUGUUUGAUUGAAUAUCUAGAAACAAGGCCUAACAGUUACAGUGCUUUAUUAAAUGCUAUUAUACUUGCAAAAUGUUUUAAGGCAAAAUUAUGGGAAAAUUCUGUUUAUGUCUGUAAACAAUUGACUGGUGUCGGCCAAGUUUUCUCACAAACAAUGGCAAGAGCUGGACUAACUUCGUUCAAAAAAAUUAUAGAUACUAAUCCAAGAGUAAUUGAAAUGCAUAUUGGCAGAAAACCACCAUUUGGAAAUAACAUAGUGGAACAAGCUAAGGGUCUACCUCAGUAUGAGAUGAAAGUGGAAAAAAGAGACGAUGUCGUGUUUGUCGAGAUAAAUUUAGUGAAUUUACAAGAAAUUCAAGCCAAGUGUACUGUUGAUUUAUACUCAACUAUGACGUUACUGGUCGGAGAUAGUGACAAUAACUUGAUUAUCUACGAAAAGUAUUCACAAUCUUACAUGUUGGAUUCGCCUACAAUAACAAAAAUUGUCAAAAUUGAAAAUCAAGAUUUGGAAAGUAUAACUGCUAGUUUUAUAAGUGAUGACUGGGUUGGUUUUGAUUGCAACCAAACACUUCGAAUAAUUGAAAAAGCUUCAGUAGUCAAGCCAAGUCCAAAUAAAUCUAAACAAACAGUUCUAGACAUGUACAUGAAACAAGUUAAAAAAAGACCAAAAACGAAUAAAAAGGCGGUAAAAGCAAACAGGACUAACAGCAAAAUUGAUAUACAGCAAAAUAAAAGAAAUAGUGCAGAAAAUGUCGAAAAUAAUUGUGUUAAAAAAUCCGAAAUUGAAAAUAAAAUCUUAGAGGUUUCUCAAAAUAAAGGUAAUGAGCAGAAUAAGGAAAACAAAGAAGAUAAGAUUGUUUGUGAUGAAGCUGUAAUGAGCGAUAUAAACAUACAAAGCAAAGUGGAUAAAUUAGUUGAAGAAAUGAACGAUGAUAAAAAUUAUAUGAAUGACAUUAACAUCGAUAGCCUUGAAAAUGCCCUCCAAGAAUUGAAAGAGAAUAAUUUCUUUGAAGCUGAUUCCAAUACCAACAAAAUUGAAAGUAUUCUACAACGAGAAGAUUCGCCCAAGAAAAUAAAUAUUAACAAGAAACGAAAAAUACUAAUUGGAAGUAAAUUAUCAAUAUGUAACAAAGAAAAUAACCAAAACUCGAAAAAAAUCUUAAGUAAAAAAUCAAAAUUAUCAGAGCUGAAUAAGAAAAUCGAACUUAAUAAAAGUAUCCAAAAUCAAAAUUCAGAAACAGUUACAUCUACUAAUUGUGAAAAUUUGGAAACCAAAGAUCCCGAUAAUGACAGACCUUAUGUAAUUAAAGAAGUGAUUGAACCAAAAAACAAUACUAUUAGCAAUGAUUCGAAAGAUGAAGCUAAUUUACUUCAAAACAGUUUCUUAGAAUUCUAUAAUGAUCUUUGGGCCAGAAUUAAUGAAUUUGUUGGAAAAACACAAGUUGUCGUAUAAUAAUAAAAAUGAGAAUCGCACAACUGAGGAUUGUGCCGAAAAAAUAUCAGAGAACACCAUGGCCAAACCUGAUUCUACUGCUGAUCGCGGUAAAUUUCAUUUUACAUCACUAUUAUCACCAGAUACCAGCAAUUCUAGGACCAGGACAAAUUGUUUCGAGAACAGCCAACAAAAAACCAUCAAAUGGC